AGCGUUCACGUUCACGGGCGUAACGCGACAUGGCAGCACAAGCACACGUAGCGGGACAAAAACAACCAGGAUCCGAUACCCACAUCACAAAUGGAAACGAGUCUGCGCUCGCGUCUUCCUCCGAGCUGCUGAGCUCUCUCGAGACUCAGCCAGACGUCGUAUCUUGGAUCAACGACAUACUCGGAGUCUCGGACGAGCCUGACGAUGCGGAACGGUCUACAGCACUGACGGACCUGGACCGACGCGUGUCGCACCUGGUCGGGACUCUUGAGAUUGCUUCUGAAGACACCUCCGCGCAGGUCGACAGGCUCAUCGAGGAUAUCUCCCGUGGCGCUUCGCGGCUCACGUAUGAUCUCCACUUCAUGCGCGAGAGUGCGCUUUCGUUACAAGGUAUCCUGCACAACGUCGAGGGCCAGUCAACGUCGUCUUUGGGGCCCGACACCGACGCUGCUCUGGAGAAGCUGCAUUACCUCGAUGUUGUCAAGCGGAAUAUGGAAGCAACGCGAGAGGUCCUGCGAGAGGCAGAAAGCUGGAGCACCUUGGAGAGCGAUGUCACCUCUCUUCUGGGGGAGAAGAGCUAUGAGAAGGCGGCCGAGAGGCUAUCGGAGGCGUCCAAGAGUAUGGCCGUGUUCGAGAACACCCCAGAGUACGACAGUCGACGGACGCUCAUGGUCAGCCUCCAAAACCAACUCGAAGCCUCGCUCAGCUCUGCCUUAGUUGCCGCCGUGAACUCUCAAGACGUAGUUGUGUGUCGAAACUACUUCUCAAUAUUCCGAAACAUCCAAAGGGAAUCCGAGUUCCGCAACUACUACUAUGGCUCCCGGCGAGGGCCACUCGUCGAGCAGUGGCAAAGCACCCGUCUGCGGGACUGCGAACCUGGUUCGCCCAUCGAACAGUCCGUCCUGAGCUUCCCAUCGUUCCUACCGACGUUCUACCAGGCUUUCCUAGCUAUCCUCCAAACGGAACGGACCUCUGUGCCAGCCAUCUUCCCAGAUCCGCGACCGACCCUCUCGGCCCUCAUCACCUCCACCCUCUCCGCGCUCCAGCCAUCCUUCUCUCAACGGCUCGAAGCGAUGUCCACUUACUACUCUGCAACAGCACUGGUCCAGCUCAUCUCAGCCUAUCGCGUUACAGAAGACUUCGCAAACUCCACGGAUAAGAUCAUGGAGAAAGUCAGCUACGCCACACCAGUCGCCGAAGGAGAUCGACCAGCCGGUGCUCAUCUCCGCCGACGCUCUUCUGCGCGCAUGUCGUUGUCGUUGUCCCGCCGCACCGGCAGCCAUCGCGCUUCUAUCAGCGGGACUGGUGCCCUGGUGCCCCCUACUCUGGACUGGGACCAGGAACUGUUCGAGCCCUUCGUUGACUUCCAAACCGACUAUGCCAGCCUCGAAACUCGCUAUCUCGAAGACGCGCUCAAAGCUGCGCUCUCUAGCAACUCGCAAGGUCGCGUUGACCAUGCCCGACUUCUUCGAGAACGCGCAGUCGAUAUCUUUUCGGUCGCGGAAGAGGCUAUCACGCGUUGUACGGCAUUCACGCACGGCUAUGGCGUACUGGGUCUCGUCCAAGCCGUGGACAAGCUCUUCUCCACCUUUGCAGACGAGUCGAGACUGGAGAUCCUCGAACGUCGGUCGGGCCAGAGUGGCCAGUCUUUGACAGCCUCCGCAUCAGGGGAGGAUCUCUCAGACCUCGAUUACACGGCGGAGGAUUGGGCGGACAUCCAGGCGCUGCUGCACUUCCUCGAGGCCGUCCGCACUCUCCUUGAUCGCACAGUCAUAUUCGAAGGCAAGCUGCGCGCGACCGUCACGCAGGUGUCGACGACACUGCGCCAGGCCCGGAACGAGCCUGUGAGCGCGUACCUGUCGGGCGCAAGCAGAGGCAAGUUGCAGCUGCUUAUGCAGUCGUCGCUUAACUCUGCGGAGCUGCACGAGCUGCUGAAUAAGGUCGAUCCGGAGCCAUCCUUCCAGACCCAGUCGAGGGGAGACGGAUUCCUCGCACCGACGCCCCCAACCCCAGAUGCGCGGCGCUCGCCCCGCACGUUCGCAGUUCCCCACCCGACACUCGUGUCCACCCCACCGCUCCUCGUGGGUGCGCGCAGCGCAAUCUCCGAGCUCGCCAGGACCUGCCAGCAGGCGCUCCAAGACACCAUCCUCUCACCCCUGCACAAGUACCUCGCCUCCUACGCAGCGUCUACGCUCUGGUCUGCUGCUGGCGACCCCAAAGGCCGACGUCCACUAGCCGGCGGCGGCAGCGCACUAAGCGAGGUGCAGGUCCCGACAUUCUCGCUCUCGCCGAGCAGCACUAUGCAGCACGUGGCCGAGGGCCUGCUCAACCUACCGCGCUUGUUCGAGGUGUACGCAGACGACGACGCGCUUGCGUUCUCCCUCGAGACGCUCCCGUCCGUCAGCGCGGAGCUGCUCCGCGGACUGGCCGAGCAGACUCCGCCUGCGGAUGCUGUCCUCUCGUCCUCACUCUCGCAUACACGCCGCUCGCCCUCGCUCUCGCUCAAAGCCUCGCCAACGCCCUCUGCAGCAGGCGUGCUACCCCCGCCGACGUUCACCCCGGAGGCGGUGUCCGCGGCAUGGCUCUCGUCGCUCGGCCUCUCCCUGGUUUCGCGUCUCACUGCAGACGUGCUUCCGCGUAUCGCCAAGCUCACGCCCGCGGGCGCGGCGCAGCUCGCCUCGGACCUAGGCUAUCUCUCAAACAUCGUCAUGGCUCUCAAUGUCGAGUCGCCCGAGCUGGAGAAGUGGCGAGAGUGGGUCGACGUAGAUGACGCGGCGGGCAAGGAGAAGCUCAAGGAGGCGAGAGAGGGCCUCGCACCGGGAGAGACGGAAGACCCGGUGGUAGCCACGGUGGUGAAGUUACGAGGUUGGUAGCCGAUGUAUGACUGUCAAUAACCGUGGUGAGCUUGUUAAUCUCAGGUGUUCA